GCUCUAUUUUUUUUUUUUUUUAAUUUAUUUAUCCUUUUGCCUAGCGACUGACAACAGACGGCUUACUGCUCUUAGGGAUCCCUGAAGUGGCCGGGCCUGAGAGUGAGACCCCAGUCCUAGGCUGGGGUUCUUUCCAAACAGAGGAAACGGAUCCAGAGGGGCUACAGACCAAAAUCGUUGAGAACCAGACUUACGAUGAGCGUCUAGAGAUUAACGACUCCGAAGAGGUUGCCAGUGUUAGCCCUCCAGCCCCAGGACAUCAAGGCCCCCCUCUUUCUGCUGGCCUCCCUAACAAGACUAUGGCCGACAACAGCAGUGACGAGUACGAAGAGGAAAACAAGGAGAAGAAGAAGCCCUCACAGUUGACGCCACAGCGGGGCUUCAGUGAAAACGAUGAUGAUGACGACGACGAUGACUCAUCCGAGACUGAUUCUGAUGAUGACGAUGAUGAUGAGGAGCACGGAGCGCCUCUGGAAGGGGCCUACGAUCCUGCAGACUAUGAGCAUCUGCCGGUCUCAGCUGAGAUCAAGGAGCUCUUUGAGUACAUCAGCCGGUACACACCUCAGCUGAUUGAUCUGGACCAUAAACUGAAACCUUUCAUUCCUGAUUUUAUUCCAGCUGUUGGGGAUAUUGAUGCAUUUUUAAAGGUGCCACGUCCUGACGGAAAGCCUGACCACCUUGGCCUCUUGGUGUUAGAUGAGCCAUCUACAAAGCAGUCGGACCCUACUGUGCUCUCACUCUGGUUAACAGAGAAUUCCAAGCAGCACAACAUCACGCAACAUAUGAAAGUAAAGAGCCUGGAAGAUGCAGAAAAGAACCCCAAAGCCAUUGACACCUGGAUCGAGAGCAUCUCUGAGUUACACCGUUCUAAGCCCCCUGCGACUGUGCACUACACCAGGCCCAUGCCUGACAUUGACAUGCUGAUGCAGGAGUGGUCUCCAGAGUUUGAAGAGCUCUUGGGAAAGGUGAGUCUGCCCACCGUUGAGAUCGAUUGCAGCCUGGCCGAGUACAUCGACAUGAUCUGUGCUAUCCUGGACAUUCCUUUCUACAAGAGCCGGAUUCAGUCCCUCCACCUCCUCUUUUCCCUCUACUCAGAAUUCAAGAACUCCCAGCAUUUUAAAGCUCUGGCUGAAGGCAAGAAAGCAUUCACCCCUCCCUCCAACUCGGCCUCCCAGGCUGGGGACGCAGAGACGCUGACUUUCAUCUGAGCCGCCUCCUAGGGCUGCUUCAAAGUCAGAUGAAGACAUGGUCUUUGGUGGAGCUUAACAUCUGCCUGCCCUACAGCUGGCUCAGGCAGCACAGGUCCUGCUGCCCGUCUGCAAGCGCAGGGCAUACAUUUACCACUGGGCUCCUUCUGCCCGCCCGCCCACCUCUGAUUGCCUUCCCCAAGGAAGGACACGGCCACACUGCUGUGGGCAUCUGAGUUGGAAGAACUGGAUUUCGGGGAGCCAUAGGACACAGGUUGGGGGUGGAGCUUCCAAAAACACUCUUUAACUGGAAGAAUGUUCCGUCGGUUUGUGAUAGAAUAUAUAUUUGGUUUUCA